AUGCAGUCUCUUGCCCAGGGAAUAAAGACAUUUUCCAAGACCAAUUUGAGAAAACAAUGCACCCGUGUGACAACAUUGAGUGGCAGGAGGAUUACUGAGACAUGGAAAGGGUCAACUAUUCAUGUCGUAGAGGAGAAAACUCAGCUUGAGAAAGCAUGCGGCUAUGUACAGGACAACAGCUGGGACUUACAAGUUGGAGUUAUUAAACCUUAUUUAAUAUUAGGCUCACAAGAUGCUGCACAUCACUUUGGCACUCUGAAAAAAUAUAAGGUGUCCCACAUAUUGAAUGUAGCCUAUGGUGUUGAAAACGCCUUUCCAGACCUGUUCAUUUAUAAAACACUGAGCAUUCUGGAUGUGUCUGAUACUGACAUAACAUCCUAUUUCCAAGAGUGCUCAAAAUUCAUAGACCAAGCAUAUAAAGAGAAUGGAGUUGUGUUGGUUCACUGCAAUUCUGGAGUCUCGAGGUCCGCCUCGGUUGUCAUUGGAUACCUGAUGUCCAGGGAAGGGAAGCCUUUUGAUGACGCAUUUGCCUUGGUAAAAUCAGCCUGGCCAGCCACAUGCCCAAACCCAGGCUUUGUCGAACAGUUGAAAGGUUUCAAACCUAAAUGGGGCAUACAAGCCAAUGGUGGGGACUAUGAAUGA